AUUCACGAGAGAGAGAGAGAAUUAUAUAUAAAAAGGAGAGAGAAGAGAAGUAGUAGUUUGGCUUAAACUCGCAUGUUUGCUUCACGCAAGCAGCUAAGCCCAGUGUUUGCUUCUUCGCGUGGCUUUAAAGCCUCUCUCUGUCUCUCUCUCUCACUCACUCUUUUAAGCUUCCACCCACAACCCCCUUCUUCCCCUAUCUAUCCAAAAACAUGGCCUCAAACGCAACCACAGCCUCCUCGGCCGGAGGCAGCGGAGGAGGAGCGGGCGGAGGCGGAGGGGGAAGCUCCUCCUCCUCCUCCGGGGGCUCUGGCGGAGGAGGAGGCGGAGGCCCCUGUGGUGCUUGCAAGUUCUUGCGGAGGAAGUGCGUCGCCGGCUGCAUAUUCGCGCCCUACUUCGACUCCGAGCAGGGGGCAGCCCACUUCGCCGCCGUGCACAAGGUGUUCGGCGCCAGCAACGUCUCCAAGCUGCUCCAGCAGAUUCCCGUGAGCCGCCGGCCCGAAGCCGUCGUCACCAUCUGCUACGAGGCCCAGGCUCGGCUCCGCGACCCCAUCUACGGCUGCGUCGCUCAAAUCUUCACCCUCCAACAACAGAUGGUGAAUUUACAGGCAGAGCUUUCGUACUUACAAGCCCACCUUGCAGCGCUCGAGCUUCCAACUCCGGCGCUUCCGCCGCCGUCGCAGCCGCUGCUAGUACAGCAUCCGCUCUCGAUAUCCGACCUCCCGCAGCCGUCCUCCAUCCCGGGCAACUACGACUUAUCUUCCCUCUUUGAGCCGACGAUGCAUGCUUCGUGGCCGCCCAUGCAGUACCAGCAGCUCGGCGUCACCAGAGCUCCCCCGCCCGGAGGAAGCGGGAGUGGCGGCGGGGAUCUCCAAGCAAUGGCGAGCGGACUUCUGCGAGGGCAUGGUUCUGCAACUGUGCCAUGCACCGAAGCUCCGCCUUUGCCACCGCGCUCCGAAUGAGCCUGACCCGACCGGAUGGUGCUUGCCCGGACCGUGAGGCUAGGUCCGGAUCUGAAUCAGCAGUUUAGUGAUCCUCAUUUUACCUUUUUGUUGGCAAAGUUAUUUUAGCAUCAAAUCUUUUUUUUUUUCUUUUUUUUUAUCUUGAAAAAAAACCCCUAAUGUAAUCCAAUAUUAGUUCAUAAUAUUUCAUAUAC